AUGAACAACGGCAGUUGUAAUUGGCCUCGAGGAAAAGUUUUAGGUGGUAGCUCUGUUCUAAACUACAUGUUAUACUUAAGAGGUAAUAGGAGAGACUAUGACGGUUGGGAGUCAUUAGGUAAUAAAGGGUGGGGAUAUAAAGAAGUACUUCCCUAUUUUAAAAAGUCUGAAGAUAACAAAAAUCAUAAGUAUGCUACAACUAAAUAUCACGCAAGGGGAGGAUAUUUGACUGUUUCUGACGUACCAUAUCAUACUCCUCUUGCAACAAGUUUUAUUGAAGCUGGAUUAGAAUUAGGUUAUAAAAACAGAGAUAUCAAUGGACAAUACCAAACUGGAUUUACUCUCGCUCAGGGCACUACACGACGCGGAGCUAGAUGUUCUACAGCAAAAGCCUUUUUAGAUACGGCUGAAAAUAGGAAAAACUUACAUAUAUCAAAAAACUCAUUUGUGACAAAGAUUUUGAUAGAUCCUGCAACUAAAACUGUAUCCGGUGUUUCAUUUGAAAAAGGAGGUAAGAAAUAUGAUAUUAUAGCGAAAAAAGAGGUUAUUUUAUCAACAGGAACAAUAAAUACGCCUCAAUUAUUAAUGUUAUCUGGUAUAGGUCCAAAAGACCAAUUGUUAAAACAUCAAAUACCUAUAAUUCAAAAUCUUCAAGUUGGAAAAAAUCUGCAAGAUCACGUCAGUAUGGGCGGUUUAGCAUUUACUAUAGACAAACCUGUUUCUAUAGUAGAAAAAAGAAUGCUGAAUCCUAAAUAUUUGUUCGAAUAUUUUAUAUUGGGUAAAGGGCCGUUGACCAUUUUAGGCGGAGUUGAAGGACUAGCGUUUAUUAAUACAAAGUAUACGAAUGCGUCCGACGACUAUCCCGACAUACAGUUUCAUUUUAUACCCGGCGCAACUAACUCCGACGGUGGAAGAAAUUUAAAAAAAGUCCAUGGUCUAACAAAUGAAUUUUAUGAUGCUGUGUUUAAGCCAAUAAACUAUAAAGACACAUGGAGUGUUAUGCCGAUACUAUUGCGUCCACAAAGUAGAGGACACAUUGAAUUAAAGAGCUCAGAUCCUCAUGACCAUCCCAUAAUCCAUCCAAAUUACCUAACCGAAGAUAUAGACAUAAAAACCUUGGUCGAAGGUGUUAAGGCUGGAUUUAAAUUAUCCAAAACAAAAGCUUUUAGGAAAUAUCAUUCAGAAUUUAAUAAAAAUAUAUUUCCCGCAUGUAAAGCAAUUACGAAAUUCACUGAUGAGUUCUGGGAGUGUAUGAUUAGACAGUACACAUUUACCUUCUAUCAUCCGGUCGGAACGGCAAAAAUGGGUCCUAAAUCCGACCCUAGUGCUGUUGUUGACCCUGAACUUAGAGUAUAUGGCGUAAAAGGUCUACGAGUCGUAGAUGGUAGUAUAAUGCCUAAUAUUGUUAGCGGUAAUACUAAUGCACCGAUCAUUAUGAUUGCAGAAAAAGGGAGUGAUAUGAUUAAAAAUUUCUGGAAGAAGAAAUGA